UUAUAAACCCGUCAAAACCGACUCACGGGCUCCAAGUCAAUGAGAAUAACGGCAGUAAUUCAUAGAGGACGGUCCUCACAUCCCCAUCCUCAAGUUUUGUGGUGUUACAUGUUUUAUCCGAGGUAAACCACGGGGAGAGAGCUUCAUCUGAAGGACGUUUCUCAGAAAUUCACCAUUAACAGAAAAUCCGUCCGGGAAACAAGGGACAGACACAAAGUUUCUCUAUAGAUCUUCCUCUCUCACACACGCACACUUGAAGACCGAGAAUAAUCGCUCUGAAAGCAUGGAGCCCGCCGAGAUGAACACUAUCCCCAACGGGAAGGGGCACGGAGCUGGCGAGGAGACUACUGUGACUGCAAUAAAAAGCCAAUCAGAAGAUGCAGCUCAGGAACUUGUUCCAAAUAGCACUGAAAAUGCCAGUACUGACAGAACUCCAGGUAAUGCAGAGGCAAAUCUGGCAGAAAGCUCAGAGUUCCUGUCCAACGCAGAUGACAAGAAAACCCCUCACUUCACGGAUUUUGAGGGAAAGACUUCUUUUGGGAUGUCUGUCUUCAACUUGGGAAACGCCAUCAUGGGAAGUGGAAUUCUGGGUUUAGCAUAUGCAAUGGCUAACACGGGCAUUGUCCUCUUUGUGUAA